AUGCAAAACCCUCGCGGAAGACCGAUACCGUUGGGAAGGAGACACAUGCGCGUUCGUUUCAACAUGCCACCCAGCAUUCAGUCAUCGUCCGUUACAUUCAGAUCUUCAAAAAGUCCCGCACGAGACGAUCUUCUGAAACGAUUAAUCGGUAUCAAUUCCUACUUGAUCAUCUUUACAAACAAACAAAUCUCAAGCGUAAUCUUAAAGCUGACUUUGAAUGGCACACACGACGCUGAAAUGCAUCUGAUCACGCCUCUAUUCAUUAGUAUUUGUCCUAAAGACAGUCCUGAUCGCACUUACAAUGAAAACUUUUUCGUUCUUGAGCUAAGAACUAAACGCAUUGAUCUUUGUCCAUAUCUUCCAGACUUCUGGUCUGGUUUAGAAAUGCGGCGAUCUUACGCUGUUGAAUGUCUUAUCAGCAAACGAUCACGUCAACUUUCGACAUGUCCACAUCCACCAACUAAUGAAACUAUGAUACUAGACGACUCACUAUCGAACGCUCGUUUUAAGCACGAAACAACAAUUCUAAAUGGAAUUCGUUACGCUGUCGAUCGAGUUUCCUCAAAUUCCUAUGAUUCGCCUUCGUCGAUAAAAGCGAUCGAAAAAGAUGUCGAAGAACGUUAUUCAAAACUUGCACUCAAAAAUGAACACUUAUCAGAAAUAUUGUGCACAUUGCAACGUUUAUCAUCGUGCGAUAUCGAUAAGAGGGACGCCAACAAAAUGAAUACCUAUACGAAUGAUAAUGAUCGAAAAAGAAUGAUAAAAAGUAGAGAUCGAUUAGUGGUCAAGGAAGGGUCGAGUUCAAGCUCUGACGAUGACAGCUUAUCCGAGGGUUCAGAGGCAUCAAGCAGUCAAGAAGGUCCGCAGCCAACAAAACCGAAAACUGAGAUAAAGCAGGGAGAUACAGUCGAAUUUCCGGAUGAGAGGAAGCAAGAGAGAGAGCGGAGAGCUGCGAAAAUGAAAGCAAGGAAAAAACGCUUAACGAAACGUGAACAAACAGUAAAAGUGAUGGCGAAACGGGAUCUGGAUCGUAUGUGUAUGGUGAAGCCGGAUAUUGUGAACGAUCGAGAAAAGGAGCGUGCUCUUGUUCACACAGCAACGAGGGGCGUUGUACAGUUAUUCAAUGCAAUAGCCGAGCGUCAAAGAGAACUCGAUAAGAAGAUAGCAGGGAAAAGCCUUCGUAACGGUGCUAAAAGAAUUGCGACUGAGGAACUCAGAGGCGAUAGUUUCAAAAGGAAACUUGAGCAAGGACAAUCGAAUGUCAAGGAUGAAGGUGAAGAAUAUGAAUCGAAAAAUGAUAUUUGGUUAUCAGAUGAUGAUGGGAAAAAGCAGUACUCAUAUGACAGUGAUUACAACGAGUUAAUGGACACGUCCGAAAUUAAAACUGAACCAGAAAGUGAUGCUGACUGA